AUGAACCCUAAAGAAUCACUAGCUAACAUCUUCAACACGACAGAAACCGCAAUCAUGGGUAUCAGUCGUGAUAGCAGACACAAGCGCAGUGCCUCUGGUGCUAGGCGUGCUUAUUACCGGAAGAAGCGCGCUUUCGAAGCCGGACGUCAAGAGUCAAACACCCGUAUCGGAACAAAGAGAAUCCAUCUCGUUCGUACCCGUGGUGGUAAUCGAAAAUUCCGUGCCCUUCGUCUCGAAGCCGGUAACUUCUCAUGGGGUUCUGAGGGUAUCGCCCGCAAGGUCCGCGUGAUCGUCGUCGCUUUCCAUCCUUCCAACAACGAGUUGGUUCGAACCAACACUCUCACCAAAUCCGCCGUCGUCCAAGUCGAUGCUGCCCCAUUCAGACAAUGGUACGAGGCACACUACGGUGCCAACCUCGGACGUAAGCGUCAACAAAAGGCUGGACAGGAGGUCGCAGCGCCAGAGAAGAAAUCAAAGGGUGUUGAGAAGAAGCACGCCGACCGAUUCGCUGCUCAAGGAAAGGUUGAGCCAGCUUUGGAGAAGCAGUUCGAGGCCGGUCGUCUUUUCGCCGUUGUCUCUUCAAGACCAGGACAGAGUGGACGUGUUGAUGGAUACAUUCUCGAGGGUGAGGAGUUGGCUUUCUACCAGAGACAACUCAGAAAGUAG